UUUAUUUAGUUGUUCUACCUCUGUUUGUGUUAAUUUAGGUAGGUAGUGAGUGUCUAGAAAUUUGUCCAUUUCCUCUAGGUUUUCAAAAAGCAGAGAUUUUAAGUGUUUGGUAAACUGACCUUCAGUCACAUUCCUUGAAGUGUUAUAGUGUAUAUACUAGAUAAAAUAGAAAUCUAAAUGUCAAAGCAAUCAUUCCGUAUUUCCACAAAGGGACAAUAUUGCUGAAUGCAGUUUUUUUUUUAGACACUUUUAAGCACAAUGAUUGAUGAGUGGUUUCUGAAAUCCAUAGAAAGAAUCUUAUUAAGAGCCCAAGGCUGAACCCUCAAAGUAAAGUGGGAAUAAAGUACCUAAUCAAUAAUAAAUUUCUAGUGUUGCAGACUUUUAAAAUGUAGAUGAUUCUUCGAGGAACAUUAAUUUUAUACAAAAGAGUCUCCUAGAGUAUAGUUUCUUUUCUAAUAAAAUAAACUUCAAAUUUUAAUACAAUAAAUUCUAUUUGGAGUAAAAUUCAAAUAACGCAAAUGUAAUUUAGAGAAAAACAAAAGAUUUACUAGUCAGGCUUAAAGGGAUUUUUCUUACAAAUAAUGUGCUAAUAACUGCUGUUUUUUAAAAUGGUAACAAUUUGGUAAUGAAAACAAGUUUCUUUUUCUUUUCUAAAAUAAACUUGGUACUCUAGAAAUUAGCAGAUUUGAAUUUUAACAAAUUAUUUAUACAAUCAAUCCAAUAAAGAGUGGACCAGAAGCUAUCAUAAAUCUGAUUUCAUUUUAUAAAACUCAUGACCAAAGUUGUUUUUACAUUAUUUCAUGUAAUUUUAAAACCAUAAAUUGCUUUCUCAGAAAGAUAAAAUAUCAUACGCUCUGAAGAAAUCACCCAGAAUUGAUAUUGCUACCUUUAAAACACAAAAUCAAACGGCCAUACAUAUAUCAAAAAUGUCUGAGAAAAACAAUAAUCAUACUCACCCAUCAUCCAAAGUAAAUUUCCUGAAGAAAAACUCCUUAACCCAAAAGGCAUAAAAUAAAGUAUGUUUAUUAUAAAUAUAAACUGCUAAUUAAAAACAUAAGAUGCUCAGUAGUUUAGAACAUAGCCAAGCUUGUGUGUACCUGGGUCAAAUGACCCUUCGUAUCAUAAAGAUGAAGACAAAAUAAUCAUAUUUAAGUACUUCUGUAUCUCCUGAAGAGCCUUGGUGGCACAGUAGUUAAGAGCCUGACUGCUAACCAAAAGGUUGGCAGUUUGAAUCCUCCAGCCACUCCUUGGAAACCCUAUCGGGCAGUUCUAUUCUGUUCUACAGGGUCAUUAUGAGUCAGAAUUGACUUGACAACGGAUCUGGUUUUGGUACUUCCUAUAAGGGAAGGUGAAACAUUUAAGUGGCUGACAAAUUUGAAAAGCGGAUUAAACAUAAUAAUCACCGUGUUGGGGGAGUACAUAAAAAUCAAACAGACUGUAUUAUGAUAUUAAAGAGAAGGCUUAUGUUAUAAUACAUGAAACUAUAGCAUUUUAGAAAAGAACAUAAAAAGGCAGGAAUUAAAAAAAAACUAAUAUCUUUGAAAACUAUCCACGUGGAAGAACAACUCAUUUUCAACAUGUAAAAGAGUAGAGGCAUUAAAAUGUGAAACCCAAGCUCAGACAAAUAUAUAGCUACAAGUAAGGGCCAAAUCUAACAUGCAAUCUAUAGCAAAUGUGAGAUGUAUAAAUAACACUCUGUAAAUUAAAAAAAAAAAAAUGUCCAUUUUGUUGUGUGUGUACCCCUUGCAAUAAAUUUGAGUCAGCACCAAUGACAGCUCUGCAGUUCUCCUAUGUGGUACUGAUCAGGUGGUUGCAGAGCUUCAGCUCACAGCAACACAAUGCAGCUGAGCAGGCAAGCACAACCGACAGCCAGAAACCGUUCCUACUCUCCAGAACAAGGCGACCUUUAAGCUUAAGUUUCUCGGAGAAAUGAGAUGCUGAUGUUGAAGACGACACUAUGGUAAGCUGUUCUUUAAAAUCAGUAAAAGACCAACUUCAGAAUUUUUUUCUGUUUUUUAAGAAAAAGUGAACGUUAGGAUCGAAUAUGUAUUCAAUAGCAAGUGCAUGCACCAGAAAUUUGCUGCAGUGUCAGUUGGGGGAUUUCUUUCUAAUAUCCAUUCACUUUGUAAAUAUGCACAUCGUUUUUCUUUAGAAUCAGCACUGAAACAUACACGACAACAUCAUUUUGUAAAAUGUGAAGUUUAAAGGUAUGGUGUUGGUCUGGAUUUUUCAAAUGCCUUAAAAUGUUUUACAAGGAUAUAUGUAUCCUAAAAAGACAAAGAUGAAAUUUCAAAGUACUGCUUUAAGAUCUAAAUAAAAUUUCACCCUACACACACACACACACAUACACACACACACACACUAUUACAUUACUGCAGAGAUUUAAAAAACAUCUAAAAACAGAGACAUGACAGCCAUUUUUUCCCAUCUGAGAAAAGAUUAUGAAAAAUAAUAAUACCUUAAGAUUCCAACUCUUUAUUUGCAGAGAAUGUCAUUUUAUAAUGUUAAAGCUCUGGGAAGAUGAAUAAGGAGGACUAUGGUUAAAAAAAAAAAAAAAGAGGUAAAAAAGGGGGUGAAAUGAAGGAGCGCAGAGGGAAGAGAGUCUCUCUCUCUACCACAUAGCUCCAAUUGAAGGAUUAAGCAUUUGGACUAUAAAUGAAGGGGAGCUUUGUUAGUUUAAUCACUGGAACAAUUAUAAAAGGACUCAACAACAACGAGGUUUAUUGAAAAUUUUGCCUAAUGCUAACUGACCCAAGCAGAUGCCUAAAUUGUAUUUGCAUAUUAAAAGAAGGGUGUAUCUGUUUAUUUCCAGGCUUUGAUGGAAUAUCAGAUAUUGAAAAUGUCUCCCUGCCUGUUCAUCCUUCUGUUUCUCACACCUGGCAUUUUAUGCAUUUGUCCUCUCCAAUGUAUAUGCACAGAGAGGCACAGGCAUGUGGACUGUGCAGGCAGAAACUUGACUACUUUACCAUCUGGACUGCAAGAGAAUAUUAUACAUUUAAAUCUGUCUUAUAACCAUUUUACUGAUCUGCAUAACCAGUUAACCCAAUACACCAAUCUGAGGACCCUCGACAUUUCAAACAACAGGCUGGAAAGCCUGCCUGCUCAGUUACCCCGGUCACUCUGGAACAUGUCUGCUGCUAACAACAACAUUAAACUUCUUGACAAAUCUGAUACUGCAUAUCACUGGAACCUUAAAUAUCUGGAUGUGUCUAAGAAUAUGCUGGAAAAGGUUGUCCUCAUUAAAAAUACACUAAGAAGUCUUGAGGUUCUCAACCUCAGUAGUAACAAACUUUGGACAGUUCCAACCAACAUGCCCUCCAAACUACAUGUCGUGGACCUGUCUAACAAUUCCUUGACACAAAUCCUUCCAGGAACAUUAAUAAACCUGAGAAAUCUUACACAUCUUUACCUGCACAACAAUAAAUUCACAUUCAUUCCAGAUCAAGCUUUUGAUCAGCUCUUGCAGUUACAAGAGAUAACCCUUUACAAUAAUAGGUGGUCAUGUGACCACAAACAAAAUAUUACUUACUUAUUAAAGUGGAUGAUGGGAACAAAGGCCCAUGUGAUAGGGACUACCUGUUCUAACCAAAUAUCAUCUCUGAAGGAACAUAACAUAUAUCCCACACCUUCUGGAGCUACUUCAAGCUUCUUCACUGUCAAUGGGAUGCAGACAGUGGACACCACUAACUCUCUGAGUAUGGUAACUCAACCCAAAGUGACCCAAAUACCCAAACAGUAUCGAACAAGGGAAACAACGUCUGGUGCCACCCUAAGCAAAGACACUGCCUUUACUAGCACCGAUAAGGCUUUCAUGCCCUAUCCAGAAGGUACAUCCACAGAAACGAUCAAAUCACAGGAAGCAGCAGCUGCAACUCUAACUAUUCAUCUCCAAAAUGGAAUGGUUACAAACACAAGCCUCACUAGCUCAACAAAACCAUCCCCGACACCUAUGACCCUAAGUAUCACUAGUGGCAUGCCAAGUAAUUUCUCUGAAAUUCCUCAACAAAGCACAACCCUUACCUUACGGAGGGAAGAGACAACCACAAAUGUAAAGACUCACUUACCUUCUGUGGCAUGUGUCUGGAAAGUAAACAUUUCAUUUCUCUUAAUGCUCAAUGCUGUGGUCAUGCUGGCUGUCUGAGGGUAUUUUCUGAAAUUAAUGAAAGAACUCCUCCCUGAUGUACAGUUGGGAAAAUAUGCCCCUAUCUAACCAGUGAUUCAAGCUGUAUUAAGUAUUCAAGAAAGCCAGUCUUACAUUUCUGAUUCUGAUAUAAAUGAAGUUAACUUGUCUUAAAUAAAAGAAGUGCACAAUGUCUUGGUACUUGCUGCUAUUUUACAGUCUUAAGUAAAACUAAUGAAUCUCUUCUUUUUUUUAAUGAAAUGUUUUCUUUUUAAGGCUUCAAUUUAUUGCACAAAAUAUAAAGCAUCUAAACUUUAAUAUGUAUUUUAUGUAUGUUUACACUGUCACAUCUGGGAAAAAAAAUAAAAGGUCUAUGCUCAUAACUGUGUCAUUUGGCUUUCUAGUCAUACCAAUUUAACCUACCCAGCAGAAUCAAAUUGAUCUAACCAUUUCUGUACUAGGGUACCUUAAUAACGUCUUUAAGGUAGAGGACAUGUUGGAGGCAUCCAAGGAUGUUGCCACUAAAGUAAAACUGUGGUUGCCAUCCCAUGAAUGGUUAUGACCACAUCACUAUUUUACACACAAGCCAUAAUUGUUUUAAAUCUAAAUGAUGUCCUGCUUCUGAGGAACUCUUGGCUACUUUACAGAUUAUAUAAUGGACAAAAGCUCUUCAAAAGGCCAACAAUAGGCUUCGCAUUUAAUAAGAAAUUUUAAUGGCUUUGUUUUUUGCAUUUAAGAUAAGUAUAAGAAACACAUUAAAAUGAAAAGUAUUAGUCUAAAGAAAUGUAAAGGAGCAAUUUUAGUGCAUAUUUAACAAAUGAUACAUUAAUGAAAAUUUUAAGUAUUAACAAAUUAAAAGCCUGUUAUGUGCAGAAGAGGAAAAAUUGUCAUUUGCACAUUAGAAGUCAGAAUGUGAUUUAUCUAAAUUAAAAAUAAGAUUAGGAUAAAACUGUGGGUUCUGACAAAUACGGGG